UCUUCCCCGUUGGUGGUAGCUCCUCUCUCUCUCUCUGUCCUAACUCUCUCUCUCUCUCUCUAUAUAAAUCCCCUUCGCUUCCGUUCCUCAUUUCCAUUCUCUCUCUCUCUCUCUUCCGGUUGAUUUCGUCGCUCAGGUUAUCUUUGGUUGUACGCCAUGGCCACCGGACAGCUAUUCUCGCGCACUACGCAGGCAUUGUUUUACAACUACAAGCAAUUGCCCAUCCAACGGAUGCUUGACUUCGAUUUUCUUUGUGGGAGGGAAACACCAUCAGUUGCUGGGAUCAUUAACCCGGGUUCUGAGGGAUUUCAGAAACUUUUUUUCGGGCAAGAGGAGAUCGCCAUCCCAGUGCAUUCAACCAUUGAAGCAGCUUGUGCCGCGCAUCCCACUGCUGAUGUCUUUAUCAACUUUGCUUCAUUUAGAAGUGCUGCUGCUUCUUCCAUGGCUGCAUUGAAGCAGCCAACCAUUCGAGUUGUGGCUAUCAUUGCUGAAGGCGUACCCGAGUCAGACACUAAGCAAUUGAUCGGUUAUGCACGGUCAAACAAUAAGGUUGUUAUUGGCCCAGCUACUGUUGGUGGCAUUCAAGCUGGAGCCUUUAAGAUUGGUGACACAGCUGGAACUAUUGAUAACGUAAUUCAGUGCAAGUUGUACAGACCUGGAUCUGUUGGUUUUGUCUCAAAAUCUGGUGGGAUGUCUAAUGAACUGUACAAUACCAUAGCCCGUGUGACAAAUGGAAUCUAUGAAGGUAUUGCUAUUGGAGGAGAUGUGUUUCCAGGAUCCACCCUUUCUGAUCAUGUUUUGCGGUUUAACAAUAUUCCACAAGUUAAGAUGAUAGUUGUACUUGGGGAGCUUGGUGGACGAGAUGAGUAUUCCCUGGUUGAAGCUCUGAAACAGGGGAAGGUGAACAAACCUGUGGUUGCUUGGGUUAGUGGAACCUGUGCACGGCUUUUCAAAUCCGAAGUGCAAUUUGGUCAUGCUGGUGCUAAAAGUGGUGGUGAACUAGAGUCUGCACAAGCAAAGAAUCAAGCACUAAGGGAUGCAGGGGCUGUUGUUCCUACUUCUUAUGAAGCCCUUGAAACCGCGAUUAAGGAAUCGUUUGAGAAACUGGUUGAAGAGGGAAAGAUUGCACCAGUGAAGGAAUUCACUCCUCCACAAAUUCCUGAAGAUUUAAACACUGCCAUUAAGAGUGGAAAAGUUCGGGCUCCAACCCAUAUUAUUUCCACCAUCUCUGACGACAGAGGUGAGGAGCCAUGCUAUGGUGGUGUACCUAUGUCUUCCAUUGUUGAGCAGGGUUAUGGUGUCGGUGAUGUUAUCUCUUUGUUAUGGUUCAAGCGCAGCCUUCCCCGUUACUGUACCCAUUUUAUUGAGAUAUGCAUUAUGUUGUGUGCCGAUCAUGGUCCCUGCGUUUCCGGUGCUCACAACACUAUAGUAACAGCUAGGGCUGGAAAGGAUCUUGUUUCGAGCCUUGUGUCAGGUUUGCUUACUAUUGGUCCUCGAUUUGGUGGUGCCAUUGACGAUGCUGCUCGAUACUUCAAGGAUGCAUAUGACAGGAAUCUUACACCAUAUGAGUUCGUUGAAAGUAUGAAGAAGAAGGGCAUUCGUGUGCCAGGAAUUGGGCACAGGAUCAAGAGAGCUGACAACAGAGACAAAAGAGUAGAGCUUCUCCAAAGUUUUGCGCGCACGCAUUUCCCCUCUGUCAAGUACAUGGAAUAUGCAGAGCAAGUCGAAACCUAUACCCUUUCUAAGGCAAACAACCUGGUCCUUAACGUGGAUGGUGCAAUUGGGUCCCUCUUCUUGGAUCUUCUUGCUGGCAGUGGAAUGUUCACCAAACAAGAAAUUGAUGAGAUUAUCGAGAUUGGCUAUCUGAACGGGCUAUUCGUCUUGGCACGUUCCAUUGGUCUGAUUGGGCACACCUUUGACCAGAAGAGAUUGAAGCAGCCACUCUACCGCCACCCAUGGGAGGACGUUCUUUACACCAAGUGAGAACUUCUGAUCAGCAGCAAUCGCAAAUGCUACGCAUACGACCACCUGCUUUACCCGAGCAUCGUUUUUCAGUUUUUUCGAGUCUCCAAUUCAUUGAGAUGAUUGUUUCCCCUGUUAGAUUAGUGUUUGUACUGCAAUGGCAGAGCCAAGUACCGUUAUCUGUAAACAAGGAAAGAAAGAAAAAAAAGUUCACUAGGACAAAAUCCUCCCAUUUUUAUAGAACAAAGUCGUCUUCUUCUGCGGGAAGAGUUCUUA